UCUGUUGAGCGAAUCAUGGAGAAAGGACAUGGCGAACAUACGGCUACGGUGUUUUGAAUAGCGCAGAUACAUUUUAGAUAUCUCACAACAAGGAAAAAAAAAACAUAUUAACAAAGGACAUGGAAAAUAAAAUUACAAUGAAAAGCAAAUAAUAUUUUAUUAAAAAAAGCCAGUGAAAAUGCUGUAAAAAUUUACCAGGAAUAUAUUUUAAUAAAAAAAUGGUUUUCUGUAAAUAUUCCUAGAAGGAAAAAAAGUGAAAAAGGUGUCAACAAUUUUUCCACCCAAAAAAAAAAAAAAAACAAAGCAAGGGAAGGAUGAGCACGAGUUACAAAGGAAUUUUUCGUUUGCUUCGUUAAGUUUGUUUGUGUUGCUAGUGCUGCUGCCGCCGCCGCUUCGCAAAAAAUAGGGUGGGAAAGAAAUGUGCCACUGACCGUACCCACAGUAAUUGUGGCUUGUCUGUGUUUCAGCGUUGGUGCUUUACAACGGUUGUGUCUCUGUUCUUCCUAAAUAAAAAAAAUAUUGAAAAAAAAACAUCGCAGAUUCCUGCUGUUUCGUAUGUCCUGUGGUCUUUUGCUUGUUACUUGUUUCCUUGUAUUUCAAAACAACAACCAUAACAACAAUUACAGUAAUGCAUAAAUAAUUAUUAACGAUUUUUUUUUUUUUUUGGCCAAAUAUCAAAAAUCUCCAACAAGGCAAGCUAUGAAAGAAGUGAUGCGAAGAAAAGUGAAAGGAAUGUAAACGGAAAUAAAAUAACUAAAAAAACAGAAAAGCUUUAAUCAAGGUUCAUGAAAUGUAUCCGAUAAUCCUACUAUCACAAAAUAUGUAAAUGUGAACGUGUGCGUGACGUGUGUGUGUGUGAAUUUUGUUUCCCUAAGUUCCUUUAUUAGAGAAUUUUGAACUCGCAUUUAUAUUCAAAACUAAGAAUUUUUAUUCAAAAUAAAAAAAUAAUUAUCAUGAAUUCCGUGGACUCAGUAUUUGUUUAUGAACAUCCCGAACAUCCGGAGAUCCAUAAAAUGGAUUGGCAAUUUUUCAUAAAAGGUUUCCUAGAAGAUCAUCCAUGCACCAGUGCACCACCAGACACCAUGUAUGCACUGCUAUGGUCAAUGUGUGCGGUCUUUGGCAUAGUGUUUGUGCUGCUAGGUUAUCGCUGUCUACGAGCAGUGGGCUUUUUGACCGGAGCCUUUAUUGGCAUUAAGGCUGUGGCAAUGAUGCGUAUCUAUAUAACCGGCUAUUUGGGAGAACCGGCCGAUGCAGCCUCCUCUUUGGUGGGUGGUCUAGUGGGUGCUGUGCUGGGCUCAACAUAUCCGGUGGCAACAUUUUUCAUAAGCGCCUUUGCCGGAGUCAUCUUGGCCGGUGCUGCAAUGGCGGUCUGUGUUGCCACAAUGCCGGACAAUGAAUUUGGGCAAAUCGAAAUAGCAGUGGCCUUGAUUGGUGGCGCCAUCAUUUGUUCGGUCCUUACACUGUGCAGUGCAAAGUAUGUGACAAUCUUAACCACCAGUGUGGUGGGCUCAGCGAUGAUCAUAUGUUCGGUGGAUUUCUUUUUACAUGGCCUCCAGUUGACCACAUGGCUAUUCAAUAUGAAACCCCAUCCAAAUCCUCCCGCCUGCUAUGGUGGCAUCUUGAUAUUUGCCUGGCCCGUGAGCAUAAUUAUCGGUCUAAUGAUUCAGAGUUUCAUCACAGCCUGGGGCAUUGAUCAUCGUAAGCGGGUCUUUCAGAAACGACAUCAACAAUUGGCGCGCAUGCAAUCGCGGCCGCGUGAAACCCGCGAAGAGGCGAGACAACGAAAAUUCCGUUAUUUAUAUCAAGUACGCACUGCCAGGGGUGAUAUUAUAUCGCAGAACUUUGUUUCAGCUCUACAAAAACGUAUACAACUAAGCGGCACCGAAACACCCUCAGAACGUUCUCUGAAGACCAGCUCAAAUGAACGCAAUACCUUUCGCAGCGAUCGUACCCACUUUACGACAAUACCACCCGAUUCCGAUAUGUUUGAUAAAAUUGAAAUUGUACGAGAUAUAGCAUAACAAACGGUAUAUAAUUAUAUGUAAAGCGUUAUAUUGAAGAAGAAGACAAAGAAGAAGAAGAAGCACGUGGAGAAAUGUGAGUAAAUAAAUAGUAUGUAUAGAAGCGGGGGGCAGAGUUGCCAAUAAAUAUUUUUAAAAUAAAGUAAAAAACCAAAAAAAAAAAGAAAACAUUUGACAGUUGCGUCUUAAAGAACUUUUUAAGCUUUAAAUGGUUUCCCAGAUAGAGAAACUCUGACGAAACAAAAAAAUAUAAAUAAAAAAUAAUAAUACUAAUGAUAAAAUGGAAAAAAAGAAGAGCACUUAAAGUAAAGUUUUGAAAAACAAUGAUAUACCCUUACAGGUUUUUAAUGGUUCCAAAAGAAAGCAAGAAAGAAAAAUGAAAUAAUAACCUUAAAGUUACAAAACAAACUAAAAUAAUUUUAUUCUUAUUUAAAACAUAAAGUGAUUACGCUUUUUAAGCGCUAUAUUUAUCUCUAAGUUUAUUUUCCUUUUUGAGAAAAACUAUAAGUUUACUAUUUGCAACUUUGUGUUUACUAUAUGUUUUUAAAACAAAAAAAUAUAUAUAUUAAUGCAGUUUGUCAAAAAAGAUCAUAUUUCGUAAAAGACAAUUCAAGAAAUCGUCUUAAGGUGAGAGUACAUAAAACGUUUUUUGGCGGGCUUAAAUUAUGGGUUGGCUUCUUCAUAGAGGAAGAAAGAAGUUUUAGGUUGACUUAGUUUGAUUUUGGCUCUACGCUGAAAAAAAGGCCCUUGGAACAAAAUCGAUCUAUGCCAACCUAAAACUCCUUUGUUUCUCUACGAAGAAGCUAGCCGAUGACUUAAACCAGCCAAAUAUGCGCUUUAUGUAUUCCCACCUUUAUGCAUUCUCCACUUUGUAUCCUCCUAAGUAUGGUAGAAGAAUACAGGUAGAUGCAUCAAAGUUCGGUAACAUUAAUGGUAGAAGAAUAUCGGUAGACGCGUCGACACAGCUGCUGGGACAAUGAACUGUCAAUGCAAUUUUGGAAUUGAAAAUGUUGAAUGAAAAAUUAUUUAAAUUUCUAAAAAUUGUUGAAAAUCCUGAAUUAUAAGAAAAAUCUACUUAUAUUUAAAAAAAACAUUUAAAAUUUUUUGACACAUC